AUGAUUUUACUUUAUUUCGGCGGCCGUAAUAAAAGCAACAAAGAACAGUUUUUCACCAUUGCAAAGGCUGAACUGAGACGCAACUGCGUCGACGUGCAGCCCGCUUGCGUUGCUGGGAGCGUCAACGAAAAGGGCGUGCAGAAAGGACUCCAAGAAUGGCGCCAAAGUCCCUCCAACAGGGAUUCCUAUGGACAACCUGACCUCGGCUCGGGGCUGGGCAAAGGCUUAGCUGAUAUCAGCCCCUUUGAUCUAACAGAGCAGUGGCAGACGGGCUCUUGGAGGGUUUAG